AUGAGUUCUUGGUUAUGCCAAUUUGGUUUACCUAACACACCAGCUACAUUUAUAGACCUGAUGAACCAAAUCUUUCUCGAAUUUCUUGAUAAAUUUGUGGUCGUUUUCGUGGACAACAUUCUUGUAUAUUCAUCUCCUGAAGAGGAGUAUGAAGGGCACCUCCGUAGUGUUCUACAAAUCCUUAGAGAGCAUCGCUUGUAUGCAAAAUAUAAGAAGUGUAAGUUUUGGCUUUCAGAGGUGAAGUUCUUAGGCUAUGUAGUCUCCAAAGAUGGGGUUAUGGUGGAUUCUUCAAAAAUAGAAGCACUACAGAAUUGGGAACAACCUAAAAAUUCUUCUAAAAUUUGUAGUUUCUUGGGUUUAGCAGGUUACUAUCGUCGAUUUGUAAAGAAUUUCUCUUCCAUAGCAUCACCCUUGACGAGAUUGACUCGAAGGGGAGUGAAGUUUAUUUUGAGUGACGCUUAUAAGAAAUCCUUUCAAGAACUAAAGCUUAGGUUAACUACCACUCAUAUCCUUAUCAUUCCAGAAUGUGCCUUGGGGUAUACUGAGUUGCUAAAGAUUAAUGAGUACACUAUUGUUGUUGUAGUUGCUCCUGUAUUGAGAGUUGGCAUUAUUUCUGGAAUGAAAUCUCCUAAGGGAGAGAGAUUGUGA